UCUGCCCUCACUCCAGCCUCGGCUGAUAAUUGACAGUUUGCAGAGUGUGCCUGCUACACUCUGAGGCUAUAUCACCAGGGGUUCGCAAAACUCAACUGGACUGAAAUAAUUCCACACACGGAAAAACACACACAAGAUGGUGCUGUUCACGGCUCUCCUUGUGGCCCUGAGCCUGAUCACAGGAAGCAACAGUGCCCCACCGAUGGAUUCAAAUCCAGUCAUCUAUGACCUGGAGAACUACGACGUGGAGACCGACCCCUGGGAACAUAAUAACUAUGCAGAAGGCUACGACUAUGAUGACGUUGAUGAAGAGAUUGAAGUGGGCACAAUCGCUCCCCCUCCCCUCCCCAGCCCUGAGCCACCUGCCGUCAUCCAUGUGGAGGAGGUGCCUCUUGCUCUCCUUCCCACCAAAGCCCCAACCCCUCCCACCCUAGAUUUCACUGGAACAGGAUUAUUUGGCCCGGAUUCAGGAUUAGGCAUGCCCACCUGUUUGCUGUGUGUGUGUAUAAGUGGCAGUGUUUACUGUGAUGAUGCUGAAUUGGACCAGAUUCCUCCCCUGCCAAAGGACACCACUCACUUCUAUGCUCGCUUUAACAGCAUCAAACGACUUCAAACCAAGGACUUUGUCCACUUGAAUCAGCUGAAGCGCAUUGACCUGACAGGAAACCAGAUCUCUGCUAUUGAGGAGGAUGCUUUACGGUCCCUGUCUCAGCUACAAGAGCUGCUCCUAGCUGACAAUCGUAUUCAGACCCUACCAGAACUCCCCAAAACCAUUAAGCAUUUGGAUGUCAGCAACAACCAGCUGAAAAGUGCUAGACUCCACGAUGAAGCCUUUAAGGACAUGAGCAAUCUACAGUUCCUGUAUCUCUCCAAGAACCAGUUAGACUAUGUCCCUGUUCCACUGCCUGAGAGCUUGCGAGUACUCCAUCUCCAGAACAACAACAUCCAGACACUCCACGAAGACACUUUCUGUAAUCACCACAACACUCGAUAUGUCCGGCCAGCCCUGGAGGACAUCAGACUGGAUGGCAAUCCACUGAAUAUCAAUCUCUUCCCUCGCGCUUACGUGUGUUUGCCACGCCUUCCGGUUGGCAAUGCGAAUUAACAGAGGAACGCUACAACAACUACAAAGUUUCACACCAAUUGAUGUCAGUGAUCGAUAUCAUUUCCCCACAUGAAUUGCUGCAUUUCUGUAAAAAAAAACAAGAAAACAAGAAAAUGAAAAAGUAUACAUUUAAGUCUCCUCCCUGUAAAUUAAAGGACUGUUGGCUUUG